AUGGGAAGCCGUCCGCAGUCUCCCUCGGGGACUGGUCCCGUGGACCUCUCUAUGCCUCGAAAUAGACUGCGACGCGAUUCCAUGAGAAGCAGUAUGAGCGUCGUGUCGGAUGUGGAGAUGGCCCGUAAUGAGGUCUUCGAUGGCCCCAUAUCGGAGAGCAUUCCUUCUAGCGUCGUUUCGUUCGCGCACCGCCGUGAUCGAGCAGGCUCUACGGUGAGCUUUACAUACUUCCAGGACGAGGAAGACUUUGCAGAAUGGUCGAACGAAGAUGAAGAUGUAGUGGAUGAGGAAGGCGAGGUUGAUGAAGAAUCUCUACAUGGGAUCAGGGACGCAGAUCUUGAGUCAGCCCGGGGAUCCUUUGUGUCUAAGCGGAUGUCUACCUCGCGCGACUCGAUUGAACAUCCACUUCUUUCUCGCUACCUGUCCGCCAGCUCGUAUGGCCGAGACCGACGAUCUGGCAGUCGGCUGAAUCAAAAAGUCUAUAUUGCGUCGGAGGAUUUGACGGCUGUCUUUGCUGGCUUUUCCACGAGUUCGGGAGGGUUUGCUGUCUAUAUUGCCCUUUGCAUCUUGACUGGUGGAUUUGCCUGGCUCCUCUUCCGAUGGCUGCCACGAUGGCGGGUAAAGUUGAUUGGGAAGGCAACCCCGAUAGGUAAAUGCCAGUGGGUGGCCAUCGAGGACCAAUGGAACCAAUUCACCAUCCACGAAGUUGACAGCCAAAUCUAUGGACGUCCGCUUUCCACGGUCUUCGCUGACUCGCUAAGUCACGGCUACGAUGAGGAUAAUGACCCGAAUAUUGCCUCUCUACGCUUCAUUGACUAUCGAUAUCUGAAAUUCUUCUAUCAUCCAAUCGAGGACAAAUUUUCUUUGAUAAAUGGCUGGAAAGAUCCCUCGUGGACUAAUGCCAAGGUUAUGCGAAGUGGAUUGGAUGCCGACGAACGAGACAGCAGGGAACAGAUAUUUGGAAGUAACGCCAUCGAAAUUGAGCAAAAGACAAUCCCUCAGCUUCUCGUCGACGAGGCCUUUCAUCCUUUCUAUAUCUUCCAAAUUGCCAGUCUCGUUCUGUGGUCCAUGGAUGAGUAUUACUACUACGCCGUCUGUAUCUUUCUUAUAUCAUUUUUCAGCAUAGCAACGACUGUGCUAGAGACGAAAUCAACAAUGAGUCGGCUCAGGGAGAUAUCUCUCUUCGAGUGUGAUGUUCGUGUUUUAAGAAAUGGAUUCUGGCGGUCUGUUUCCUCACAAGAGCUGGUUCCUGGCGAUGUGUAUGAAUUCUCCGACCCAUCGCUUCACCAGGUCCCGUGUGACUGCAUCUUGUUAUCAGGGGACAGCAUUGUGAAUGAGAGCAUGCUCACCGGUGAAUCCGUUCCCGUGUCUAAGACACCACUCACUGAUGACGCCCUCAAAUACCUCGACCUCAGUACCCCUUCUAUCCACCCCCACGUUGCUAAGCACUUCCUUUUCAGCGGAACAAAAGUAAUCCGGGCUAGACGACCCCAGAAUGUUGAUGAAGAUGAAGCAGUAGCAUUGGCAGUCGUUAUGAGAACCGGCUUUUUGACAACCAAGGGGGCUCUAGUUCGAUCGAUGCUUUUCCCAAAGCCUUCUGGAUUCAAAUUCUAUCGAGACUCGUUCCGCUACAUCGCCGUGAUGGCGAUUGUCGCCCUUCUCGGAUUCGUUGCUUCGUUCAUUAACUUCGUUCGAUUGGGUCUUGCUUGGCAUCUGAUUAUAAUCCGAGCCCUCGAUUUGAUCACGAUUGUUGUACCGCCAGCUCUCCCAGCCACACUUACUAUCGGAACCAAUUUUGCGCUUUCGAGACUGAAAAAACAGAACAUAUUCUGUAUCAGCCCACAGAAGGUCAAUGUGGGAGGAAAGCUGGACAUUGUUUGUUUCGAUAAAACAGGAACCCUCACAGAAGAUGGGCUGGAUGUGCUAGGAGCCCGUAUAGUUACCCGUGGCAAAAGGUUUUCAGAGUUGCUCUCUGAGACGUCUGACGGGUUUCUUUGCCCUUCCCAAAAUGCCAACUCCGAAUGCGAUAUCGAAAAGCAAAGGAACAUCAUGUACGCCAUGGCUACAUGCCAUUCCCUCAGGGUAGUGGACGAUGAGCUGUUGGGAGAUCCUCUCGAUGUGAAGAUGUUCCAGUUCACCAACUGGAGGUUUGAGGAGGGAGGGAAUCAUGUUUCCGACCAGACAAACCCCAAAUACGACACUAUAGCGCCGUCAGUUGCAAAGCCCCCUCAACGACAGACCGGUGACGAACAGGAUGUAAAUGACUCUCUCGAGCUUGGAGUGCUGCGGAGUUUCGAAUUUGUCUCCAAUCUUCGCCGCGCAAGUGUCAUCAUCAGGAAGUUUGGUGACAAUGGAGCAAGUUUCUUUGUCAAGGGUGCCCCGGAAAGCAUCAAGGACAUAUGUAUUCCUGGAACACUUCCUUCGGACUAUGAAGACCUCCUGAACUACUACACCCACAAAGGAUACCGUGUGAUUGCAUGCGCUUCCAAAUACGAACGAAAGUUGAGCUGGAUGAAAGCCCAAAAAAUGACGCGGACGGACGCCGAAUCCGACCUGGAAUUCCUGGGCUUCAUUAUAUUCGAGAACAAGUUGAAACCCAGUACUGCCGGUGUGAUUUCCGAGUUGAACGAGGCGGGCAUCCGCAAUGUAAUGUGCACCGGUGAUAACAUCUUGACUGCCAUCAGCGUUGCUCGUGAAUGCAACAUGCUUGGACGUGAUGAACUAUGUUUCAUUCCGCACUUUAUUGAAGAACCUGGUCUUUCAUCCAAGAUUUCUCUCACAUGGGAAUGUGUGGACAAUCCCGACCUCCAGUUGGAUCCAAGAACACUCUUGCCUAUGAACGACGCGGAGGUCGACCUGUCAAUUCCAGGAAACGUUCUCACCGAGCGUGAAUACUCUGUCGCUGUCACGGGUGAUGCCUUUAGGUGGUUGGUUGACUUCGGGAAUGAAGAUGUACUCAAAAAGGUGCUCGUAUGCGGCAAAGUGUUUGCUCGUAUGUCCCCAGACGAGAAGCACGAACUGGUUGAGAAGCUUCAAUCUAUCGAUUAUUGCUGUGGCUUUUGCGGCGACGGUGCCAAUGAUUGUGGCGCUCUGAAGGCUGCUGAUGUUGGUAUCUCAUUGUCGGACGCCGAGGCGUCCGUUGCCGCGCCCUUUACUAGUCGCCUGUUCGAAAUCUCCUGUGUUCCGACGGUGAUCAAGGAGGGUCGAGCUGCUCUAGUGACAAGCUUCUCCUGUUUCAAGUUCAUGAGUCUUUAUUCCGCCAUUCAGUUCUCCUCGGUCAGUUUCCUGUACACGUCGGGGUCAAAUCUUGGUGAUUUCCAGUUCCUUUUUAUCGACCUUGUGCUCAUUAUGCCCAUUGCAGUCUUCAUGGGUUGGGCUGAUCCUGCUCCCACGCUGUCUCGGAAACGGCCAACUGCAGAUCUUGUCUCGCGUAAGGUAUUGACACCUUUACUCGGGCAGAUCUUGUUAGUUGUGCUGUCACAGCUUGCAGUCUUCCGGACUGUUCAAUUACAGCCGUGGUUCUUGCCGCCACAACUGGACCUGGAAAAGAGCAACAUCGUCAACUCGGAGAAUACGGCCUUGUUCUUGUUUUCUUGUUUCCAGUACAUCUUCAUCAGUAUUGUUCUGAGCGCGGGUCCGCCAUUCCGGAAACCAAUGACCCAGAAUGGGCCGUAUUUAUUCACGAUCAUCGUCAACACCCUGAUCUCGGGCUAUAUGCUCUUUAGACCAUCCAACUGGGUAUCGGAGGUGAUGCAACUGACUUAUAUGUCUGAUGUUUUCAGAUGCUGGCUACUCGCGCUAGCAUUCGGUAUCUUCGUUCUGUCCUGGACAGCAGAGAAGAACAUAUUCCCACGUGUGGCACAGAUGCUUGGACACGCUCGUGCCCGCUUGCAGCCAAACUACCGCAAAAAGCGCAAGAUGUACAAAGUGUUGUUGGAGGCACUGCGCCUAUGA